UUAAAUUUAGAACUCGUAAUUUUAAAAACACAUAAUAUGUUCAGGCAAUUAAAGUUCGAAUCCAUCAAAUUUAAAUUAUGAGUCCGCCAUUUUUAUUUACUCUAAUAUUAUGUUGAAACUGUAUGAUCAUCUCAUCUUUAUAUAUAGCGCGACACAUGAAAUUAAUGCUUAUGUACACUAAAUAACAAGAAGGUCCACCUAUUUAUAGGAUCUCAUUGCCUUCACAUUUCUCUCAAAUCUUCAUUUCAUUUCAUCAUUCCAAACUUCUUGUUUUUACUCUUCUCUCAAGUGAUUAAAACAAGAAGAAGAAAAAAGGAGAAGUAUAUAUAAGAAAACCAGAGAGAGAGAGAGAAAUGUGUAUCAGUUCUUCAGAAUGGAAUGCAUCACGUAUCCUUUACAUUUCUGGCCAGAAACAAAAACCAAAGCGCUCCAGAAUCCAAGUUCAUAGGAGGAAGAAAAGUGAGGAAAAGGCAGCUUGGAAGGAUAUGGAAUUGAGAAACCUGAAGCUGUACAUGGAGAACAUGAGCAUAUUAGAAGAAAAUGAGAAAUUAAAGAAGAAAGCCAAUCUCCUUCACCAAGAAAACCUUGCUUUAAUGUCUGAAUUUCAGAAGAAAUUUUCUCAAUUGGAUCGAGUUUCCACCACCCUUAAUCUGCUUCUUCUUCAUAAACAACCAUGUCAAUGAAGAAUCAGUGGCGGAGCUAGAACAUUAGCUACUGGUUAAUACGAAUCAAUAGCUUUUGCUUAGACUCUGUAACUAAGACGAGCUAUGAGUUUAACAUCAAGUUUAGAAUUCAUAAACUUCAGUUCUUGGCUCCGCCUCUAUAAUUAUAUGAAGAAAACCCUUGCUUCAUUUAUUGCAGCUUUUCUAGCUUAUGGCUUUGUCUCUCUGUCUCUCUUUCAAAAGUUCUGCUAAUAACAGCGGGGUAUUAUUACUUUUAGCCCGCCAGAAAUUAUUUGUAUUCAGUAGCUGAAAAAAUGCAAAUUUGUAUAACUUUUAUGUACAACACAUAGAAUGUAUGUAUAUAAAAAAAAAUAUACAUUUUUCGGCUAUUAUAUAUUUUGAGAGCGGAUUAUACAA